AAAAAAAAAACAGACUUUACUCGAAUGGUUUCGAAAAUCGCAUCCCAGGUUCUACCAAUAGAAUUCGAUUAGAUUUGUGUGACUGACUGGAGGUGUCAUGACAAAAAUAAGAUAGAGUCAUCUUUGGGUAACAUCGAGUAGUAGAAUUUUAAAAUUGUCAAUUUUUAGUUUGGUACUUAUUUUCUAUCCAUUUUAAUUUAUGUAUUUAAUUUUAACGAAGGAGAAAACAACAAGUUUUAAAAAUGCCGGAAUUCCGAUCUAUUGAAGAAAUUCCAGCGAAGUACAGAUCUGUGUUUCAAGAAUAUCCAUGUUUUAAUGUUGUACAGUCAGAAGUGUUGAACGAUGCCUUAAAUACAGAUAAUUCACUAGUAGUAUCAGCACCAACUGGUUCAGGAAAAACUGCAAUAUUUGAGAUGGCCAUCAUCCGACAUUUAACACUUAAUGAAACUGACCAUAACACAAUCAAUAAUAAAAUAGUCUAUAUUUCUCCCAUGAAGGCUUUAUGCCAAGAACGACUUGUAGAUUGGCAUAAAAAAUUUGCAGAUUUUAAUGUACGUUGCAUUUCGUUAACAAGUGAUUCACCCGAUGACAUCGAUAUCAGAACUAUAGCUCAAUAUAAUUUAUUAAUAUCGACACCAGAAAAAUGGGACGUUAUAACUAGAAGAUGGCGAGAAAAUAUUCAAUUAAUGACCACUAUAACUUUGUUUUUAAUUGAUGAGGUGCAUUUGUUAAAUGCAGACACUAGAGGGUCUACAUUAGAAGUGAUUGUCAGUAGAAUGAAAACAGCAAUUACUGCAUUAACUGCAUACACAACAAAGUGGAAUAUUAGAUUUGUUGCUUUAUCAGCUACAAUACCGAAUGUUGAGGAUGUUGCUGAAUGGCUUGGGCCAACAUCAGUUAAAUACAAAUUCACAGAAGAAGUUAGACCAGUAAAAUUGGAUAAGAUUGUUCUAGGAUUCGCUUUUCAUCCCCAAAAUCAGUCGGUUUUCAAAUUUGACAUGACCUUAAAUUAUAAACUUCCAUCUUUGAUCUCUAAGUAUUCAGAAGGCAAACCUACUUUGAUAUUUUGUAAUACAAGGAAAAGCGUCGAAAUGACAGCACGACAUUUGGUACAAAAUUUGCAAGUUACCUUAAACCAAGAGCAAAAGCAAGAUUUGAUGAGUAUUUCUCGACAGUUGAGCGACGUCAAUUUGAGACAACAAAUUGUACACGGUAUAGCGUUCCAUCAUGCUGGAUUAGUGCACGAAAAUCGAUAUUUAAUCGAAGAGUCUUUCAGAAAGGCACAAAUUCCUGUUUUGGUAACAACAAGUACUCUGGCGAUGGGAGUUAAUCUCCCAGCACAUUUAGUUAUAAUAAAAUCCACUAAAUGUUACUGUGACAAUGGGUAUAAAGAUUAUGAUGAAAUGUCUAUUUUUCAAAUGAUUGGAAGAGCUGGACGCAGUCAAUUUGAUGUUAGCGCCACCGCUCUAAUUUUAACUAGUCUGCAAGAUAAGGUAAAAUAUGAAAAAAUGCUUAGUUGCUCACAAACAAUUGAAUCCAAUCUUCACAAACAUUUAACAGAACAUUUGAAUGCCGAAGUGGUACUUAAAACUAUCACAGAUUUAUGUGUGGCGAUGAGGUGGCUAUCGUCAACUUUUCUUUAUGUUCGUGCUAUAAGAUCCCCGGAAAAAUAUAAAUUUCCUUCUGGACUCACUAAAGAGAAGAUUGACAAAAAAUUACUGGAUAUGUGUCAACUAGAUUUAAACAAACUAGUUGGAGCUGGUAUGAUUCAAAUAAGUGAAGACAUCGAGAUUACUCCCACUAUUGUGGGUGGAAUAAUGGCGAAAUAUUAUGUAGCUUUUGAAACCAUGAAGCUUUUUACUCAGAUAUCUGGCAAUGAAAUUUUAAUACAAAUCCUGGGAAUAAUUUCGAAAUGUAAAGAGUUUUCAGAAAUAUAUUUAAGAAACAAUGACAAGAGAUGUCUAAAUACAUUAAAUAGGUGUUCCAAAACAGAAUGCAUAAGAUAUCCACUUAAAGGGCGAAUCAAAACUUCUGACAUGAAAGUCAAUGUGAUUAUCCAAGCAAUUUUAGGAAACUUGGAUAUUCAUGAUCAAUCCAUAUUGUGUGAUUCAGUUAGAAUUAUGCGAAGUUGUGAACGUUUGGCUAAUUGCCUAAUAGAAUAUCUGGAAACUAGAGACAAAUGUUACAGUGCCCUACUAAACACCACUAUACUAGCUAAAUGUUUUCGAGUAAAACUUUGGGAAAAUUCGCCUUACGUUUCCAAACAACUAACUGGAGUGGGACAAGUUAUGUCUAGGUCACUCAUGAAAGCUGGAAAAACCACUCUUAAAAAGCUUGCUGACACCAAUCCAAGACAUAUUGAAAUGAUUAUUAGUAGAAGAGCACCUUUCGGCAAUACUCUAGUAGAUGAAGCAGUACAUCUCCCAGACUACACUAUGACGUUAGAAAAGUGCGGAAAGGAUGCUGAAUUAUGCAUAAUUUUACACAAUCCUAGUCAAAUAGAAGAAAAAUGCACCAUUAGUCUAAAUUCUAAAAUGACUUUGCUGGUCGGGGACAGCAACCAUAAUAUUUUAGUAUAUGAGAAAUAUGAGCAUUCCUACAUGGUGGAAAACCCCCAAGUGAGGCAGAAAAUCUCAAUGGAUAUUAAAAAUGUAGAAUAUGUUAAAGCAAAUUUUAUCAGUGAAAAUUAUGUUGGUAUUGACUGUUUUGCUUACUGUUACUUUGAACCUAUAGUUGAUGAUCAAAAUCAGACCAUCGCUAAAACUCCAAAGAAGAUCCAACAAACUUUUAUGAAUUCUUAUAUGAAGUGUGUUAAAAGGCCACAACCAUUUAUAGAGGUUGCAAGCAACAAAAAUAAGUCUGAAAUUGUCAACACUGAUAGUAAUAUCAAAUCCAUUGAAGAAAAUAAGCAUAUAAAUUUACCAGAGAAAAAAAAGACAUUUCAUUUCAGAAACAAUAAAGAAGUUGCAGGAUCUAGAAUAUCACCUGUAAAUAAAGAGACGCAAAUUGUAGAUCCGGCAAAACCAGUCAACUAUAGUUUUGCCACAAAAGAUUCAAAAUGUGAUGAAAACUCUUUAAAAACACCGAAAAAGAAAUAUUAUGUUUCAAAAAAUCUGUCCAACAAAACUGGAUCUAUUAAUAAACAUGAUUCACUUUUAUCAGAAUCCUUUACCAAUGCAAUAAUAGCCGAACUGGAAUCUGAUAAGCUGGCUAUAGAAGCUGGAGAUGAAGCUAAUUUUAAUGAAGAUUCUGAUAUAACUGAAACUAGAGCUCAUGAAUACAAUAAAAACGAAGUAGUACCAGUUGAAAAGGACGUACCUAUGCAGACAACUGAAGAUGUAAAUUAUAGACCUAAUGAUGGUCAGCUUGCUACAAAACUUGGGCAGAAUAAAGUCACAGAAAUCCAGAAACAAGAAAACUUGUCAAAGAUGAACGUUCCUGACAGCACAUAUGAACGAAACAAGCCACAAUCAAUUACCAUAUUUUCUCCUCAUCCAAAAAGAGUAAAAAAACAUGAAGAAUAUACUCCAAGCUUUGCUGAAACUCCCCAAAAAAAUAUCAAGUGGCGAUCUCCAUUGGUGACCUCUCCAGCUGUUAAAUAUUCACCCACCAAUCUUUAUGAUUUUCCAAUACCCAGAGCUGGCAAGGAAGUUGAUCAUAAUGACUUCCGAGAUGGGGCACACAAUACGAGCAUGUCCAGUCUGGCUUCGUCUUUCGCUUCAGAACGCAUUAACAGUUCCACAUCAGUGAAAUCAGUAAAGAGAAAAUCCAAAUUUCAGUUUCCGUUGAGUGAUCAUGAUUGUUUGGAGGAAACGAAUUAUAAUCCAUCUACCAAAAGAGGCAAUGCGUUUGAUGAAUUUGUCGAUUUGGAACAAUAUGGUAUAGCUAAUAGGCAAAAAGAAUCAAUUACUCAGUCGUCCCAUGCAGGAAAGUAUUACAGUCAGUUAAUGAAUUCUGAGCCAGAAAAGUCUGGAGCUAAAGAGGAGCCUUCUACUAAGAUUAUUUCAUCAACAUCGCAAAGCAAACCUACAUCAAAUACUCAGGAUUUUCAGCAAUCUCAAGAUUUAUAUUCGGAUAAUGAUUUUUUGUCUCAGGAAACUCACCAAGUGGCCAAAUCACGUGCUGAUUUUGUUCCCGAUACCCAUGAACCUAAAUCUAUCACUAAUGUAUCACCAUUUACUCAGCCAACACCCAUAGCAUAUCAACAUCAUCCUGAAAUUAAUUUGAACAAUGUUUCAAGGGAUAAUUUUGAAUAUUAUCCUCAGAGAAAUCCCGAAAUUGAUCUUUUAAAUAGAUCUUUCAUUGAGCCUCCAAAUAAUUAUCAACACUCUGAUUUUGAAGAUUAUCAUCGACAAACACCUUUAUUUGAUUCCCAAAGACCUUCAUUUGAUUCCCAAAGACCUUUAUUUGAUUUCCAAAGGCCUUCAUUUGAAUCUCAAAGACCUACAUUUGAUUCCCAAAGACCUUUAUUUGAUUCCCAGAGACCUUUAUUUGAUUCCCCCCAAAGAUAUGCGCCAAGAGUGUGCUCAUAUUUUUCUCAACAGCAGCCUUGCUUCAGUGUUCCAAGCACGUUUCCUCAUCACGUGUGCUGUAAUCAUUAUCCAAGAAUGAAUCAUUAUUGUAAACCUUACCCUGAUUCUAUACCUGAAUUGAUUCCUUAUCGCAGUUACGUUGAAAAUAGAAACUUGCAUCAUACUCGUCCAUAUACCAUUUCUAUUAAUGAUAUUCCAGAUUCUUGCAUUGAUCACUUUUCGCAACAAUUGGAUGAGCCAAGCUUCGUUGUGAACAAUAAUCCUGCUAAUAAUUUCGUAGAAAAUGUUCCGAGAUAUGAUGCUAGUGGAUUCAAUUGUGAAUCAACUUCUUUGGCUUAUCAAAAUAAGGAGAAUAUUUUCAAACCACAAUCGCAAAGUUAUGCGCCAUCCUAUCGUCGAGCACAAUCGACACCAGAAAAUCAAUUGCCCACCCAAAUUUCGAAAGAAAAUGUCAGCAAACUGUUUGCUACUUCUAGCAGGCGGAAACUUUCUCACCAUGAUAGUCGUGAAGCUACACGACCACAAUCGCUUCAUUUGUUGGCACAAAGUGCCCAGAGGCGAUCAGUAAACUUUAAUAGUGUUGAAGAGAGACAUAAUAAUAGUAUGAUUGAACCUCAUGGGGAAACUUAUAGAUUUUCUUCCAGUCGGAAUCCGAACUCUGUUCAGUAUGGUUCAAUGCUGUCUAAUGAUAACAGGGAGUAUUUGCCAGAUAGGUUUAGGGGAUUUAGAAAGUAAUGUUCUUAUUAAAAAUAUUGUUUUUAUGUUUUUCAACCAUGUUUUGUUAUUCAUCAUCAUCAUUAUUAUAGAAUUAAUCAUUGUUGUUCAGAUUUCCAUUUUUGACUAUAGCUUUUACCAAAGGACCCUAAUUUUUUUUACAGAUUUUAGUUAACUAGUUAUUUAUUGUUACUUACGAUAGCGGCUCGACUCACGCAGCCUAAUAAUACCAUCGAUACUGAUAUGGUAAGUCAGCUUAGUGUUCAAUGCCAUCUAAUGGUGACAAAGAGUUUUUGUCAAAUUCUUUUUAGUUGUUUAUUUUUUAUGUAGUUAUAAGUAAUUUAGAAAAUAAUCAUUGUUUCUAUUAAACUUACUGUUUUUGAGUGUAAGCCAAGGUCAUUCAAUUAUAAGUUGGAUAAUUUAAAAACGAUAACAAGUUAUCAGCUUUUCUUAUACUAAAUAGAAUUACCCUUGUUCAGAUUUUCAUGUUAUAGUUAAACUGUUACCAGACAUUUGUUAACUUGAGAAGAAAGAACUAGUCAUUAAUUGAUAGUAUUUUAGUUAUUUAUUCUUGUUAACUUUAUUUGUUUCUGUUUAAAAAAUUAAAAAAUAAAAAAAAAAAUAACUUAAUUUAUUUUAAAUAUUUUUGAUAGAAUGAAAGUUUAUUGUUUUAUAUAUUAUGUUAGAUGUUUGUUGAAUUUUAUUCUUUUUACAAUAAUUCCCUAUUACCAAUUUUCGUUUGGUACAUAAAGGGUCUGUUCUAGAUUUCCGUUUGGUACAUAACAGGUGUGCCUCCAAUGAAACAGUAUGGUACAACAACACAAUCUUCUGACUAUUUAGAGCUUACUCAAGCCAACAAUUAUUUUAGGAAUUUUUUGCCCUGUGUCAUAAAAUUCGAAAUUCUUGAAUGAUAGGGCGGAUCCUUAGAUCCCACAACACUGUAUGCGUAUCGUUUUCCGAUGGAUUUUUAUUUAUAGGUAUUAUAUUGAUUGGUAUGGUAUGCUUGGCAUACGUUUUAGUUUUUUCCAAUAAGAAACCAUUAGUUAUGUGGUUAAUAGUUCAAUGAAAGUUAUCAUGUGCCCUUAUUUAUUAUUUGGAAUAUCAAAAUUUAUAUACAAAAAUCAAAACUUCAAUUCUCUAGCUGGCAAUAGUUGUCCAACACAACUACCAAAUCCAACAUUAUAGCCAUCACCUUCGCAGACACCUUUCAUUGUAACUGUAUCUCCAUCCUGGAGGAACUUCCUUUUGGUUCCAUCUUGAAGGGUCAAUGGUUUGGUUCCUUUCCAUGACAGUUCUAGAAGGCUUCCAAAUGAAUCAGAA